CCAAUCAGAAUAAUGCAUAAUGCGUUCGCUAACCAAUUAGAAUGCAGCCGGCACUUGCUACACUGUCGCAAGGAAACCAUGUAAACAUUGUAGCUUUUACUCGAAUUCGGCGGCAAAUGAUACGUUAUAAUUUCAAAACAACCGUCAGUUUCAGACUAAAGUUCUGUGUAGUCAACCGCUAGACACUACUGUAUUGAUUCCGGGAUAAAGACAGAAAUUUCUGCUCGCUGUUUGACGACAAUUGCAUGAUAACUCUUUGACCAUUUGGCGAACUUCCAAAGCACUCGAUUUGAAACGUUGUUCAAGACUAUGUAAAAUUCCCACGAAAAAUUAUGGCUGAAAUAAUCAACGAGGAUAAACUCACAGUCACAAAUGAUGAUCAAGACAAAGAUUUUAAUCAGUGGAGACAGCCUAAGACUCCGGAAUCACCAAAGACACCAGAGGAAAUAAAGUCAAAUUCGCCCGAACAUUCGUCUGUGCAGAAUAAGAGUUUGUGCGGCGUCAAAGAUUUAUCGAGACUUAGUCGCAAACGCAGGACGAUACUAUCGGUGAAAGGCGCUCGAAUUUGUUCAAGAAAACGAAGUGAGGACAAGCCUUUUGGAUCAGGGCAUGACUCGAAACCGAGAACGAGUAAAAAAGAACCACUACCAAUGAAACAACGUUCGCUGCCUCAAUCAUUUUGGCUUCAACCAAACUCGAUCAAAUCCAGCUCAAUGGCGCAAAACACGUAUUCCCGCCUUCCACCCCUCUUCCCUGAGGACCACAACCCAGACAAGGAGUUAAUGGAGAGGCCCGUCACCCCACCUGAGGAGAGACGAGAACACCAGCCUAGACCGCCAAAGAGAGUGGUGACAUCUGAACCAGAUACUGAGCUGUUGUUUAGUCUGUUUAAAGCCGUCACUGGAAAUCCUUUGGAAAAGAAGCUGAUCAAGAGAGGAAGGCCUAAGAAAAUCCACUCUGAAAAGCUCCCCAUAGUCAGUCACGAAGAUGACCCGUGCAUGGUUGAAAAUCUCACUGGCAGACUCUUUCCCCAACUAUCCCUCGAAAACCAUCACCGCUCCGCCGACGCAAGACUAGCUUCGUUAACCGUCCACGCUGGGAACCAUUGCAUUCAACUACCCACACUUGCUGUGGAUAAUAACUACCCUCAGAUGUUGAGUCAGUUGGCACAAGUUCUGUGAACAAUGCGUGUAAUAAUAGGGUUCAGCUUAAAGCCUGAACCUUAAUCCAUCGGAUAAUUUUUCUCUUUUGCUGAGCAAAAGCUCAGCUCUCUAAAAUGAGUGACAUACAUUUCUUCAUGAUUUCACCAAUUUGCAGACGUUUUCCGUUUUUAACUGCAGUUUGCAAUACAUUCGUGCACAAGCGGUAUUGCGCAUGUGCAAGUCGUGAAAGCAUGUUUUCGCCCGCCAGAAGGCAGCAUCGAUAGAUGAAAUUGGUGGAAAGCGUAUUUUUUAGCUCGACGCGUUUAGCUAAGUCGUACCUGCAAGUUGCAGUAAAAAUCGUUUAGUCCAUGCAUGUGUAUACAUGUUCGUGUGCAUCGUACAGAGUAAUUUAUGGCCGCUGUAAAAAAAUGUACGUAUAUAUAUAUAGAAUAUAUGUAAAAUAGAGAUCUUAAUAUAUUAUUAUUAAGUUGCAGUUUU